CAGUAAUGUGUCAUUCGAGUUGUUAAUGCCAAUAUAUCCAGGUUUAGGAAGUAUUUUUGCUUCAAGUUUCAGUUGAUGCUUGGUUUGGAUCUAAGUUAUACAUGGAUCUUGUGCAAGUAUCUGACACUUAUUCCCUUGAUAGUAAAGUAUCUGAUACGGCUACCUCAUAUACAGUCGGAGUCUGUAGAACAUAAAUACUAAUAAGAAACUACCUAGCAUAUUUUACGGCUGAUGUUGGCAUUGGCCAUAAUUGCACUCUAAAAUACUACAAAUCAUUUUGUUGAACAUUGUUUGUAAUGUGAUAGUAAGCGUAUGGGCAGAAUAACGAGUUCCAGUAGUUCUGGCCCCUUCCUAAACAGAAUGCAUCUUUGGUAGUAACACCAGAUUUCCAUUUAUUGGCUCAGUUGCACUCUCAUACAUCCGCAAAACUCAACCAUGAUUAUUGAUAUACUAAGAAACAAAGGCGACUCCCUUUGGCAAAACCAUACCCGAAGGCCCACAACGAACAAGUGAAAUCAGAUCUCUCAGUGACAAAACUGAAUCUUAUUGCAGCAGAAGGGAGCAAAGUUUAACUAGCAUUCUACAUCAGGAAGGCUCGCCGCUCCGGCGUCCAAUGCAAGAACCAAAUCGACACCCUCAAGAAGAAGCACAAGAUCGAGAAAAACGUCUAGUGCGACUGGCCCUUCUUUCUCCAACUCGACCGGCUCAUUGGUCCCUCCUACAAACCCUCGCUGCCCCAACUGCCGGAGGAGCUGCCUCACUAGACGGUUCCCGUGGUCCCUGGUCGAAGCGGCCGGUGUUGGCGCUGUCUUUGGCGAUUGUGAGGAGGAAUUUCUUGGCACCAGCGGCUGUGGCAGCGGCCUGAGGCGGAGGGGGAAGGAUCGGAGACGAUAGAGAAGGGUGGAGGAGGCGAGGCAGAGGCAGAUGGUGGAGCUGGAGAAACUGAGGAUGCGCAGGUAGCAGGGGAGAAGGGGGUGGGAUUGAGUGUGGCAUGAUCUUUUGGUUUGUGGUAAGAGGGGCACGUGUCGUCUUUUGAGGUUGGGACAGAGAGCUGGAACAGUGGGUUUGGGGCAGAGGAUCUGAGUCCUUUCCCAACUGCUACUUGUACGAGCAAAGAAUGCAAUGACUUCAACCUCAAACUAUGGGAAAUUGUUUAGGGGGAAACAACAUUGCAUGAGAGGAGAUAGGAUCACUAUCUUGCCUGACUCCGUGUUAAUUCACAUUCUCUCUUUCCUUCCAACAAAAUACGCAGUUAGAACCUGCAUUCUCUCGACAAGGUGGAAGCACAUCUGGGUUUCUGUACCCAAUCUGCACUUUUUCUUCAAGGAUUGGCAUUGUUCUGUAUUCUCAGACUUCAUUGAUCGCGUGCUUUUCUUUCACGAAUUGCCACGUAUUCAGAGAUUCUCUCUAGAAUGUGCUGGAGUUGAUCUGAACCGUCUGAACACUUGGGUAAGUGUUGCUGUCAGACGUGGAGUUCAAGAACUUUGUAUCAAUGUUCAGUACACCAGUGAUUGCAUAAUCUUGCCGCCGACUCUAUUUACUUGCACCACACUGGUGGUCUUCAAACUACGUUCUGUGGUUCAAAUGAAAAUCCCUGGCCUAGUUCGUUUUCCGAAUCUUAGGGUCCUCCACGUGUCCCUUCAGUUCCCGUUUGGAGACAUGAUUCAAAAGCUCUUCUGUAGUUGCCCUGUUCUUGAAGAUUUUUCCAUCGGAGGAUACAUUGAUAAUAGCGAAGCCCUGGCUUUCAACAUCUCCACGGUUGCUCUAAAGAAGUUAGAGAUAGAUUUCAAUGAAGUUCAGGGUUUUGAAUUUUCAGACAAUGAGUUUGUUAUCAAUGCCCCAAUUCUUGAACAUGUUACACUCCGAGAUAAUUACUUUGCUCUAUAUCGGCUAAAGAAUUUGUCUUCAUUAUUCAGAGCAGACAUUGAUGUUGGGGUUGAGGUUGGCUGCACAGAAAUUGAUGGAUGGAAAGAACGUGCAAAUCAAGUAUACGAGCUCCUCAAAGGAAUCUCCAAUGUGGAGUAUCUUACUCUAGGUGCCCGUACCAUGUGGGCCCUUGACUAUGCCGAUGAUAAUAACCUGCCUUUGCUGCUCCCUAAUAUAACCCAUUUGAAGCUACGUGUUGGCAAUUCAUCUAGCUGGAAACGGCUUACUUACUUGCUCAGUUGCAUGCCAAAUUUGGAAAAUCUGGUAUUGGAAGUGAGCGCUAAGAAGGAAUUUGAACUUCACAACCAUCUAAAUCUCGCUGCGGAACCAAAUUGGAUUGAUCCAGUUCCAGAACAGACACCAGCUUGUUUGUUGCUCCACCUUAAAGAAAUAGGACUCACAGGAUUUACGAGCCAGAUUUAUCAUCUAAAUCUAAUUAAGUAUCUACUGGAAAAUGCAAAAGUGUUGAUCAAGAUGGCUAUUAGUACUUGCAAUUUAGCUGUGGAAGAAGACGUUGAGUUUCUCAGGCAUCUUGUAACAUGCCGAAGGGGUGCCCUGGCAUGUACCAUUGAACUUUCUCGAAAAUAGAUUGUCCUCGCAUAAUGCUGGCCUUUUUGACGUUACAACUCUAGUUUCUGUCAAGCAAGUACUAGCUUGGUAGCUUCUUUAUCUUCGUUUCUCUUUUGCCUAUUGCACUUUUAGUACCUUUGUUGAUGGAUGUCAAUUUUUUUGUUCAAAACCAAUCUCUUAGUUUACGUCUAUGAUUGCCUGAUGUAGUUGCCGGUUUUGAAAUACGAUUAUCACAUAAAUGUGCAUUACUAUGGAUUUGGAAUCCC